UAAAUUUUUUUUUGUUUUUUACCGUUUGGCUAGGAUUGUGAUACUCAUAAAUAAAACAAAUUAUUUUUAAACUGUGCUAUUAGAUAUGGUCCGAUGUCCGGAUUAAGUAUUUGAGUUCGAUUCACAAUAUUGGUUUAUUUGGAUUGUACUUGUACAUCGAAAAAUGAAAUUGAAUAUUAUAUAUACAUAUGCAAAAAUCAUUAUAUACAUAUAUACAUGCAUAUAUGUGCAUGUAGGGUGAAGAGAUAUUGAUAGAUAUCAUACAAUAUGAUCAUACACUAUCAUAAUUAGGUCGUGAGGCUAUAUAUCUUCCCAUGUGAUAUUACAAUUUCUGUAAAAUAAAAUAAAAAAACGACAAGAAAUGUGGCUAAUUAGUACUAUAUCUAAAGUCAUUUAAGAUUUUAAUUUGGACUUAAAAGUAACAACGCCUUAAAUUUAGAAACCCUCUCUCUAUAAAAGCAGUGGCUAGCCCACCACUAUAUUACCUCAAAAUAUCAACUCUCUCCCAGACUUUCAGAACUCUCCUUUUCUAUUUCUCUUUCUAGAAAUUAUCUUCAUCUCUAUCAAUUAUAUAGUAGAGUUAUUAAGAGUAACUUCAUAGAUAUGGAGAAAAGAGUAGGUGGUACUGGUGGGUCGGGAUCAGGAGAUGCAGAUGUGAGAAAAGGGCCAUGGACCAUGGAAGAAGAUUUGAUUCUCAUCAAUUGUAUCGCCAAUCAUGGUGAAGGUGUUUGGAACUCUCUCGCCAAAUCUGCAGGCCUAAAACGCACCGGAAAAAGUUGCCGGCUCCGGUGGCUGAACUACCUCCGACCAGAUGUGCGACGGGGAAAUAUCACAGCAGAAGAACAGCUCACCAUCAUGGAACUUCAUUCCAAAUGGGGAAAUAGGUGGUCGAAGAUUGCAAAGCAUUUACCAGGAAGAACCGACAACGAGAUCAAGAAUUUUUGGAGGACCAAGAUCCAGAAAUACAUCAUCAAGAACGGAGAAACGACGACCGCUGGAUCACAAAGCUCUGAGAUCAUAAACCAUCAUGCCACAAGCACAGGCCAAGUCUUGAAUGAUACUCAAGAACCCAUGGAUAUGUAUUCUCAACAUGCCAACAAUAUUGAUCAUCAGCUUAGUUACAACACUUAUGUGCCUGAAUCGGAUUCGACCAUGAUACCAUUAUCAGUUGAUCAAUCCGAACAAAACUAUUGGAGCGUCGAUGAUCUUUGGCCCAUGCAUUUAUAUAAUGGUAAUUAAUUAAUAAGUUAUUUAAAUUGCGGUCCAAAGAGGGAUAUAAAUAUUUUAUAUACAACUAUACGAGUAAAUAAACGUCGAUCGGUUAUUUCUUGGCCUGAUAUGCUUAAUAUAAAGGUAAAACAGAUAUGAGAGUACUAUAUGGGUUUGUCUCAUAUCGUUUAGAGGUAGGUACUCAAGAUCAGGUUGGAGACUUUUAUGGUAUCCAUUCGAGGUUAUACCUAAAUUAAAUAAAACUACGGAAAUGGAUCAUAUAUAUACGUAUUUUGAAAAUAAUUGGUCAGUGCUUUAUUGUUGAUGUACAAGAACACCCUUCAAUUUAUAUUAUGUUUGUGUCAACAUACGAUUAUCUUUUUUAAUGUAUGUGUGUUUUUUUGUUUAA